GAACCAAAUAGUAGUCGGCUAGAUUUCCAAGUCAUCAUCAUCGAGUCAUUAGAGUACAUACUGAUCUUUUACUUCUAGAGCUCAUCCACAACUGAACGACACAAGAUGUCUCAGAGAUUCCACGUCUUUUCACUACCACCAGACUUGCUAGAUACCCUAACACCCCGCAACCUGAUCACCAACCGGACUCCGAAGCGCGAACCCUCUCCUCCGCCAGUCGCUGCAAAGGAGCAAGCAAGCACAGGUGCAAGAACCUGCAAUGUUUGUCUGGGUGCUGCUUUUGCGGAUGUCGACGAACAACGCUCCCAUUUCCACUCGGAUUGGCAUCGAUACAACGUGAAGAUACGUCUCAAGGGCGGAAACCCUGUUUCGGAAUCGGUCUUUGCACAACUGGUAGAGGGCUUGGAGGACUCCCUGUCGGGGUCAGCAUCAGAUGACGAAAGCGCAGAGGAAUCCGAUGCAGUGGAUACACUCGUCACUAGGGUCAAGCGCAAUGUCUUAACUGAUAAUCCGGAAGAAGGCACAUCAAAGGUUCCCAUUUCCGCCGUAAUCUGGUUUCACUCGCCGCCCGCUACACAGAUCGGCACCUACAGGAUGCUUUUCCCACUUGAAACGCCACCUUCAGCCUAUUUGUCCGAGCUAAAGGAAAUGCAAACGCCGAUUGAGGGUGGGAGGAAGUGGGCCAUGUUCAUGGUCGCAGGUGGCCACUUCGCAGGAGCUAUUGUUCGCGUAAGCCGUGCCGCAGAAGAAGAGGCACUAGCGCCUGUGAAUGCUAGAAAGAAGCCUCCGAAACCUAAGCCCGAGACUCUAGUAAUAAAGCAUAAGACAUUCCAUCGAUACACCACGCGUCGGAAGCAGGGCGGGUCGCAAUCGAUCAAUGACAACGCGAAAGGCGCAGCCAUCAGUGCUGGCGCCAUUUUACGUCGGUACGGAGAACAAGCGCUACGUGACGAUAUACGUGGUCUAUUGCAGGACUGGGCGGAAGACAUUCACGAUUGUGAGCGGAUAUGGAUUCGAGCAAGCGUAUCGAAUAGGCGUAUAUUUCUUGACUACGAAGGGUGCAUCAUCAAUAAAGGUGAUGACAGACUGCGAACGUUCCCGUUCCCGACACGGCGUCCGACUCAAUCCGAGCUGUCGCGGUGCCUUUUAGAGCUCACCCAGGUCAAGAUUUCACACUUUACGGAAGAAGACCUCCGUGCACAGGAUGAAGCGUUCCUCGCUUCCCUUCCAAAGCCGAAGCUGCAACCAACGCCCGUUUUGACUGCAGACGCCGAGAAGCCAAAGCCUCAGCGCUUGACGAAGGAGGAAGAGAUAUACCGUGAGAAGUGGUCUCGCCUCCUCGACAUGAUAACCAAGGGUCGCCUCGACCCCCUAAAAUCAUUCUGGGAACGGGAAGCCGGAUCAAUUGGCGGCGUCAACGUGGUCAUACCAGAAUGGAUAGGCGACCGGCGUGCCUCUCUUCUGCAAGUUGCUGCGCAGUCCGGACACGAAGAAAUAGUCCGUUGGCUGCUCUACGACCUGCGUGCUGACCCAACGGUCUCUGUUUCAGCUAGAUGGACCAAAGCAGAUGAUGCUGGCGGCGAAUCGGAUACCUCAGACGUGCCAAGCUCACGCCGAACCGCCUAUGAUUUAGCACGGUCUCGUGCUGUCCGUGACGUGCUGCGUCGCUGUGCAGCCGACCACCCUGAUUGGUGGGAUUGGUUUGGUGCGGCACGAGUGCCUAGUGGCCUUAGCAAGGAAAAAGAGGAGGAGCGUGAUGAUAAACGGAAACAAAGGAGAAAGGGCUUGAAAGAAAGGAUGCGUGAGCGCGAUGAAAUGCUACGAUCAAGGGCGGCUGAGGAAGCAUCUGAGGUAACGACCCCUGAACCCCUGGAAACCCACCAAGAAUCCCGUGGUGGACCUCAAAGGUUGGGUGGGUCCUCUGGACGUGCAGAUGGAAUAAUUGGCCUUACUGCGGAGAUGAGGGCAAAAGUGGAAAGAGAGAGGAGGGCCCGAGCAGCUGAAGCACGCCUUGCCCUCUUGAGUGGUCAAGGCAGGAGGUAAACUGCACAAUAUGUGUCCCAAAAAUUCUACCUAGAUCGCUUAGUCAGCACCCCACCAUGAUCGACGAAGGACCCAUGAGAAAAAUUGCAAUGAAAGAGACUUGUGGAUUGCAGAUCAAGCAAAAUAGUGAACUUGAGUACAUAUAAAAAUGUGUCCAAAGGUAACCAAUCAUAUAGUGAACAGUAAGGAGUGCAACCUUGAUGUCACUGCUUAUGUUGGAGAUAUAUUCUCCCCUGUGUUUUGUUCUUUUUGGUGUGAUGUUUACCUCAUUACAUAAUCACCCUGGAGCAUACACUUU